CUUUGAAUAUUAUCAAUUCUGGAGAGAUGAAGAGUUUGCAAUUCUUAGUUAGUUUGCUGUUUUUUUGGUCUCUGCAACAUAGGCUUGUAGAUUCAACAACAGUUAUCAAACCAACAGCUGAAGUAAGUGCUGUAACAACACCUAGUAACGUUGCUUGUGCCAUGACUAUUUGUCCAACGACAACGGCCGUUUUGAAGAGAGACUCUCUUGAAUGCCCCUCUGAGUGCCCUUCCAAUUGCGAGAUCGUCAAUAACGUAUGCUGUCCAGGUGUGCAAAAAGCUGUUUGUAAAGAGAAUAAUGAUGCGUCUUCAACUGUUGCAGAAACGACGACUCCUACAAUUACAGCCAAUCCGACAGCAACACCAUCCCCAGAAACGAACACUAGUCAUCUAACCAGCAGUAGCAAUCCUUCUCCCACUGGUCCAACGGGUUCCCAAUCCGUGUCAACGUCUCCUGCAACGGUUACAGCGUCAACUUCCUCUUCGUCUACAUUGGCAAAUAAGUGGUCUAUUAUCGUGCCGAUUCUAUUUCCAUCUUUGGUAUCUAUUGGUUUAAACAUCAGACUAUUUAAAUAAAGCAAGUGAAGAAGCUCUUGUUCUCCUU